UUCUCAUCAAAAUCUCAUCUCAGUACUCAAUCAGAAACUUUUCAUUAAUACAAAAGUUUGAUGAUUAAGCAUCAUCAUGGUGAUGACUAAAUUAUCAAACAAUAUGGUUAGCAGAUAGAUAUGUGCAUUAAUGACACCAUUUUACUAAUUACAGUCAUAAUAUGUAUUUCACACUCUAUAUACUCACUACUCUAAGUGGUUCUCACAUAAUGCAUUUCUCUGACUCCAUUACGCACUUAUCACUUUCCACAUAUUAUAUUGAUGAACUACCUCACUAAUUAUUCAUCAACAAGUUAUUGCAUUUCUUAAACUCUCUGUCUCUCUCUCUCUCUGACAGACAGAGUAGUACGCUGAAAAUGAGCUCAGAUGAAGAGCCUGCUAAGUUUCAAAAGAAUGAUGGAAAAGAAGAAACAGAAGAAGAAAAGAAAAGGAAGAUGAAACCAAAAAAAGUGUCAUUCUUGAAACUGUUUGAAUUUGCAGAUGCUUUUGAUUAUGUGUUAAUGGGGAUUGGAUCUUUAGGUGCUAUUGUUCAUGGUGCUUCUGUUCCUGUUUUCUUUAUUUUCUUUGGAAAUUUGAUUAAUAUCAUUGGUGUUGCUUAUCUUUUCCCUGCUUCUGUUUCUCACAAAGUUGCUAAGAAUGCCUUGGAAUUUGUUUACUUGAGUAUAGUGAUUAUGUUUUCUUCAUGGGCAGAGGUGGCAUGUUGGAUGUAUACAGGAGAGCGACAAGCAUCAAAAAUGAGACUAGCAUAUUUGAGAUCAAUGCUAAAUCAAGAUAUAAGUCUUUUCGACACUGAAUCUUCAACUGGUGAAGUCAUCUCUGCAAUCACUACGGACAUUAUUGUGGUUCAAGAUGCAAUCUCUGAGAAGGUUGGAAACUUUAUGCACUACAUAAGCCGCUUUGUUGCAGGCUUUGCAAUUGGUUUUGCCAGAGUGUGGCAAAUAAGUCUUGUAACAUUAUCUAUCGUUCCGUUGAUUGCCAUUGCUGGCGGUGUAUAUGCAUAUGUAGCGGUAGGUCUUAUUGCACGAGUAAGGAAAUCCUAUGUAAAGGCAGGAGAAAUUGCUGAAGAGGUGAUUGGUAAUGUCCGGACUGUUCAAGCAUUUGUUGGUGAAGAAAAAGCCGUAAGAUCCUACAGGGAUGCUCUCUUGAAAACUUACGAGUAUGGGAAAAAAGGAGGACUAGCCAAGGGUUUAGGACUUGGAACACUGCAUUGUGUGCUUUUUUGUUCAUGGGCUUUGCUUGUAUGGUUCACUAGUAUUACCGUUCAUAAAGGUAUAGCAAAUGGAGGGGCCUCGUUUACUACCAUGCUUAACGUUGUCAUUGCUGGCCUUUCACUUGGGCAAGCAGCACCGAAUGUCUCUAAUUUUAUCCGAGCAACAUCUGCUGCUUACCCAAUUUUUGAGAUGAUAGAGAGAAAUACAGUUAGUAAAUCUAUCUCGGGCAAGGGCAAGAAACUAGAAAGAGUUGAUGGUCACAUUGAAUUCAAAGACGUUUGUUUCAGUUACCCAUCACGACCGGAUGUUGUGAUAUUUGACAAGCUUUGUCUAGAUAUACCUUCCGGAAAGAUCAUAGCUCUUGUUGGAGGAAGUGGGUCUGGCAAGAGUACCGUGAUUUCAUUGAUUGAGCGCUUUUACGAGCCUCUUUAUGGGAAAAUAUUGUUUGAUGGGCAUGAAAUUAGGGAGCUUGAUCUCAAAUGGCUUAGACAACAAAUUGGGUUGGUUAAUCAAGAACCUGCCUUAUUCGCUACCAGCAUCCGCGAAAAUAUCCUCUAUGGGAAAGAUGAUGCCACAGGUGAAGAUGUUAACCGUGCUGCGAAGCUUUCUGAAGCGGUUUCAUUCAUCAACAACCUUCCAGAUAGAUACGAAACACAGGUGGGAGAGAGAGGGAUACAGUUAUCAGGUGGACAGAAGCAAAGGAUCGCGAUAUCUCGAGCGAUACUCAAAAACCCCUCAGUCCUCCUCCUUGAUGAAGCAACAAGUGCCCUUGAUGCAGAGUCUGAGAAAAGUGUGCAAGAAGCUCUUGAUCGUGUGAUGGUGGGGCGGACCACAGUAGUGGUUGCGCACCGACUUUCCACCAUAAGGAAUGCAGACAUGAUUGCUGUUGUUCAGCAGGGAAGGAUUGUGGAGACUGGGAGCCAUGAGGAGCUGAUGUCAAAGCCUAACAGCGUCUAUUCAUCCCUUGUUCAGUUCCAAGAUUCAGCUAAUUUGCAGCGACACCCCUCACGUGACUCGAGCAUGGGUAGACCACUCAGCAUCAAAUAUUCAAGAGAGUUAUCACUGUCAAGAACGAGCUUUGGUGCAAGCUUUCGUUCAGAUAAAGAAUCUGUGAACCGUUAUGUUCCUGAUAGGGAUGAGCCUGUCCAGCUAGAGCAUGUGUCACUGAGAAGAUUGUAUGCAAUGGCAGCUCCAUACUGGAUUUAUGGUUUGGCUGGCACAAUUGGUGCCAUUAUAGCUGGUGCCCAAAUGCCACUUUUUGCUCUUGGUGUGACAGAAGCUCUUGUUGCGUACUACAUGGAUUGGGACACUACUCAACAUGAAAUUAAGAAAAUCUCACUACUCUUUCUUGGGGGUGCAAUCAUAACUGUAAUUGUUCACACCAUUGAGCACUUUUGCUUUGGUAUCAUGGGCGAACGACUUACUCUUCGGGUGAGAGAGAAGAUGUUUUCAGCAAUUUUGAAGAAUGAGAUUGGAUGGUUUGAUGAGACAAGUAACAACAGCGCAAUGCUUUCAUCGCGCCUAGAAGCUGAUGCGACUUUGUUGAAAACAAUAGUUGUUGAUCGUUCUACUAUUCUCAUACAAAAUUUAUCUCUUGCUGUAACCUCGUUUGUCAUCGCCUUUAUUCUAAAUUGGAGGCUCACACUUGUCGUCAUGGCCUUGUAUCCUCUACUGGUCACUUCACACAUCAGCGAGAAACUAUUCAUGAAAGGUUAUGGGGGAAACUUGAAUAAGGCCUAUCUUAAAGCUAACAUGCUUGCUGGUGAGGCAGUAAGCAACAUACGUACUGUUGCCGCUUUUUGUUCGGAAGAAAAGGUCAUUGAUUUGUAUGCUCAUGAACUCGCCCAGCCAUCAAAAAGUGCUUUCCGUCGUGGUCAAAUGACUGGCUUGUUCUAUGGUGUUGCUCAAUUUUUCCUCUUCUCUUCUUAUGGGCUCGCCUUAUGGUACGGUUCUGUCUUGAUGGGCAAGGAGCUUUCGAGCUUUAAAUCUGUCAUGAAAUCGUUCAUGGUAUUGAUUGUGACAGCGCUAGCGAUGGGAGAAACCUUAGCAAUGGCUCCGGACCUUAUAAAGGGAAACCAAAUGGCUGCUUCAGUCUUUGAUAUUCUGGAUAGGAAGACAGAGGUGGUGGGUGAUAUUGGAGAGGAAGUAACAAAGGUGGAAGGUACUAUUGAGAUGAAGAGGGUUAAAUUCAGUUACUCUUCAAGACCGAAUAUACUAAUUUUCAAGGAUUUUAGUUUGAAAGUCAGGGCUGGCAAGAGCAUGGCAUUGGUAGGAUCGAGUGGUUCUGGCAAGAGCUCUGUACUCGCGCUGAUAUUACGUUUCUACGAUGCGACAUCGGGGACGGUCAUGAUAGAUGGAAAAGAUAUCAAGAAACUAAAGCUGAAAUCUCUCAGGAAAUACAUUGGUCUUGUCCAACAAGAGCCAGCACUAUUUGCUACAUCAAUCUACAAAAACAUACUUUACGGAAAAGAUGGAGCAACAGAGUCAGAAGUCAUCGAGGCUGCUAAGCUUGCUAACGCACACAACUUCAUCAGUGGACUGCCCGAGGGCUACUCAACACAGGUGGGUGAGCGAGGGGUACAACUAUCUGGAGGUCAGAAGCAAAGAGUUGCCAUUGCAAGAGCUGUUCUCAAGAACCCAGCAAUUUUGCUACUUGAUGAAGCCACCAGUGCACUUGAUAUUGAGUCUGAACGUAUAGUUCAACAAGCUCUUGAUAGACUUAUGAAGAAUCAAACUUCAGUGAUGGUGGCACAUAGGUUGUCUACUAUCAAAAAUGCAGAUGAGAUCUCGGUUUUGCAAGACGGAAAAAUUAUUGAGCAAGGGAAUCAUUCUUCUCUAAUCGAAAACAAGAAUGGACCAUAUUAUAAAUUAGUAUGUUUACAACAACAGCAACAUCAACAACAGCAAUAACAUAAACACAUGCUAACCAGAAUAACAGAUUAAGGAUGUCACUUUGUUUCUGUAGUACCGUGAAACCAUCUCUUUGUCGAAAUUCUUUUUACAUAUUCGUGUUGGCUCUGUUCUACUGUAAGUUUGUAACAUUUAUGCAUAUACAUAUAUAUAUACAAUGAAAUUAUUAUUGGUA